UAUUCUCCUGCACCAGCUUUAGUUUCGUUCGUGUUCACGCCAGUCACCCGGUAUUUGGUGUAUCUCAAAAUUCCAAAGCGCCAUUGCGGUGGUGCCGUGUGUGGUGUGAAGGUGAACGGAACGAGCUGCCAGCCAUAGGUACUUUUCGGCGGCACAACCCGCGAGUGCGUGCGGAAAUACCAUUGCUUUGGAAGUUUGUUUGCGGCCUCUCUAAAGAACCGACCGCAACGCGGGGUUUAAAAAUAAACUCUACUUCCCAUAAGCAUCGGCAAGCUGUGCAGAGCGGAUAGUGAAUUUUUUCAUUGGCAUCCAGAGCAGCAUCUGGCUUGAGCAAAACCGAACCGACGAGUGCGUGCGUUUGUUUGGUUGAUUUUUUUUCUCCUCCUUCUUCGUCUUUCCGACUGCUGCACAACAUAAAAUAUAUUAAAGCAGCCAUGACUACUUACGCUACAGAUAGUCAAGGAAAAUUCAUCCCAGCCUCACAGCGUCCGGAUGGAACAUGGCGCAAGCCGCGCCGCGUACGCGACGGUUAUGUACCACAGGAAGAAGUUCCGCUGUACGAAAGCAAGGGCAAACAGUUUUCACAAAAACCUACCCUGCCACCCGGCUUAUCUCCGGAGGUCGUGCAGAAGGCGAAGGAAAAGCGCGAACGGGAAAAGCUACGGCAGCAGCGAGAGGAACAGCGCAAGGCUCAGCUUGCGGCGGAGAGCGAAAAGCAAAACACAUCCAACGCCGGUGGUGCCAAAGGAAAUCAGGCCACCGGAGGGCGCACUAAAAAGACACCAGAACUUCCCGACAUUAUGCUCGACGAGCGACCGGUAAAAUCCAAGCAACAAGUUCCUUCCAAAGCGUCACAACAUAAAUCGGAAGGAAGCAACUACACCAGCACCUCGGGGGCUGCGGUGGAAGAGCUCAGCGCACUGGCAGCCGCAAUACAACUAAACCAACAGUCACCAGUAUCAGCGGACGGGCCAACAACGGACGGUCUGUCACAAGAGUUGAUGAAAAAAUUGCGAAAACUUCGGAAGAAAAUACGCGAAAUCGAAGUGAUCGAAGAACGGUUACGAUCAUCUGAUGCUCCGCGUCCGGAUAAAGAUCAGUUAGAAAAGGUUAAACGAAAACAACAGAUCCUCCAGGAGAUCGAAGAGCUCGAGACGCAAUCGUCAGCUGGUGCCAUGUGAUUCUGAACGGUGGAUGAACAAAAUGUUACUAACGUUACGGCUGGAUAGCAGGCACCCUUAUGCUCUAGGCUUGCUGAGGUUGUUAGCUGCAGCUGGCGCAUUGAAGUUGUUACGUUCAGAAACGACCCUAACAUGUUGACGGGUUUGGAAGGAUAAGCAUAAGGAUACAGUGAUCAACGACGCUGCACGGAUUCUAUGGUAGAACUUAACGAUUAGGUGUAUAGGUAGAUUUUUAAAAUUGGGUAGCGAUAAUGAUUGUACAAAACCGCCAAACUUUGGAGCAUUGUGCAUCGCAAAUGGCACAACAACAGAGACAGUUAGACUGGGCACGAUACAAGCAGUUUAUAAUUAGUUGACUGCUUUUGUAAUGCAUUUUCUUCUGCAUAAUCUCAUAGUGCAUUGAAAGUAUGAAAGUUACGGUACGGUUAAAGCUUUCGUUUUCAUAGAGAGCAUAGAUAGUGCUGGUUAUACUGUAGAAGCUAUCAAAAAUCGUCAUGAUCCUUUUCCGUUCCAUGCAGUGAGACCACUGCUAAAACAUUGGAAGAUUCUUGUACGGGAUGAAGAGAUGGGUGCCCAGGAAUACUAUCGCCGCCGUUAAUCAACUCAAUCCGGCACUCUUACGGCUUCCAACCAGUCAUAUUACAGUCUGAAAGAUGGCGGCUUUCUAAUGAGCGUCGUCUUGAUUUUGAACCCCAACUGAACCUGGUUCGAAGAUGUUUAACAUUCUUCAUUUUAUAUUCCUUCAAUUUGAUUUCCCAGCUUUUUUGUGAUUUAGAAAGUAGACUGCUGUUUGAAACUAUGAUGAGCAAGAUAAAUUCUUCUUUGGCGUAACGAACCGUCUUCGGUCAUGCCUACCCCUAAUGAGGUACAACUUUUUCCCUUUGUGUUACGUGGAUAGUCAGUC